AUGCCAGUCACCCCCGCCUGGGAUGCCAAUGUCCUCUCCACUCUAACAUUCCAUCCUGAUUCCACCUUCCUGGCUGAUGAGGUUGCGGUGAUUGCCACAGUCACUAGCGAAGCUGCCAACGAAUACUCGCCUCUCACUUACCAGUGCUACUGGUUUGCAAAAACAAUCUUCAACAUCAUCGUUGAGAUGCAGGUGGGGAAAUAUACAAAGAGACCAGAGAAGGACAACAAACAUAUGGGAAAGCAUGGGAGCAUAAGGAUAGUCGGUGGCGAUGCCUCGAAUAUCUUUAUGUCUGGAGCUAUGGCCUGUAAAUCGUUGAUCCAGCCAUACCAUGCACGAUGGGAAAAGUGGUUGAAUGAAGUCAAAGCCAUGAAAGAGAAGAAGGAAGAGCCAUUGAUAAUUGCUGAACAGGCAAAGCGCGAUGCUCAGCGAGGGGCCGAGGAGGAGAGAAAGACAAGGUUAGACGCUCAGCAAGAACUUGCGAGCCUGCAGAAGGAAUUCGACGACUACAAGCAGAAUCUACAUAUCAGUGGUUUGUCCUCUUCACAGUCAAAUGCACUUUGA